AUGCUGAAAGUAAAAGACCUUAUCCAAUCUCUAGGUCCAGAUGAAAAGUUUGUUUCAUUUGAAUUUUUUCCACCAAAGACAGAUUCUGGUUUUAGGAAUUUGCUUGCGAGAUUGAAUCGUUUACUGGCAUUCAAUCCAUUGUUCAUUACCGUGACUUGGGGAGCUGGUGGCUCAACCAGUGAAAAGUCCUUAGACUUGGCAGCAACAUGUCAAAAGAAAAUUGGCGCAACCACUGUUUUACAUUUGACAUGUACCAACACGAAUAAGGAAGUGAUUGAUGCUGCAUUAAAGCGUGCAAAAGCCAAUGGUAUAAGAAAUAUCCUUGCACUAAGAGGAGAUCCACCAAGGACUGAAGAAUAUUGGACACCUAAUUGUCAGUUCAAGAAUGCCGUGGAUUUGGUAAAGUAUAUUCGUCUGGAGUACGGUGAUUAUUUCUGUAUUGGAGUUGCUGCUUACCCCGAAGGCCAUGUUGAUGGUGCGGAUGUAUCCAAUCAGAAUCCACGCAAGGAUAUUCCUUUCUUGAUUGAAAAAGUUAAAGCAGGGGCAGACUUUAUAAUUACUCAGUUAUUUUUUGACGUGGACAAGUUUAUUACUUUUGAGAAACUAAUUAGGCAAUCACCGGAGUUGAAAAAUGUCCCAUUGAUUCCCGGUCUUAUGCCCAUUACUACCCAUCGUGUAUUUACAAGAGCAACAAAGCUUUCGCAUGCAACCAUACCGACAAAGAUUUAUAAACAAUUUGAGGAGAUCAAGAACGAUGACGAUGCUGUAAAGUCUGUUGGUGUUGAUCUUUUGUGUGAUAUUAUAAACAAAAUUGACGAAAGCACAGCUAUAAAAGGAUACCAUUUUUAUACUUUAAACUUGGAGAAAGCAGUAGCUUCCAUUUUGAACAAAUCGACGGUAUUACAUCCCAUUUUGGAACGCCCCUCUCCAGUGUUUGGUAACGAGGAUGCAAUUGCUUCUGAUUCCGACUCCGAUGACGAGAUUGCAGUGCCACCACAACAACAAAAACGUAGGAAAUCGUCUGUUGUUGAGCCAUUGACCCAAAAAGCUGUUGUUGAAAUCAGUAGAGGAUUGGGGGCACUAGGUAAGGAAGCUAUUUGGGAUGAUUUCCCCAAUGGUAGAUUUGGUGAUUCAAACUCUCCUGCGUAUGGUGAAAUCGACGGGUAUGGUCCAAAUUUGAAGAUUUAUGACAAGAGUGAAGCCAUUGCCAAAUGGGGCUCUCCGGAACUGAUAAGCGAUUUGAGUCAUAUUUUCACUUCGUAUCUUUCUGGCAAAAUUGACGUCAUUCCAUGGGCCGAUGUUCCCUUAUCACCAGAGACAGCCCUAAUCCAAGAAGAGCUAUUUGAGUUGAAUGAAAAGGGUUGGUUUUCUGUGGCGUCACAACCAUCUGUGAAUGGAUGCAAAUCAACCGAUAACAUUUUUGGUUGGGGUCCACCCAAUGGUAUUGUGUACCAAAAAUCAUUUGUCGAAUUGUUUAUGCCAGCUAAAGAUUGGGAGCAGCUUAGGUCUAAUCUCGAUGACUCAACCACAUUUUAUGUUGGUACUAAAUCAGGGGAAAUUAAACUGAAUCUUCCAAUUGAGCAGGAUUACUCCAAAUCAAAAAGUGCUGUAACGUGGGGUGUUUUCCCGCAAAAGGAGAUUUUACAGCCUACCGUGAUUGACUAUGAGUCGUUCAAAGCAUGGAAUGAAGAGGCGUUUUUGUUAUGGCUUGAAUGGGCGAGAUGCUACAAAAAGAAUCUGAAAAGUUUUGCAUUAUUGAAUUCGAUAUACAAUGAUUAUGUGUUGGUGAGCUUGGUUCAUCAUGACUUUCCAAACGAGGAUGCAUUGUGGAGACUAUUACUACAAUAG